AUGGUCCAGGCCCGUUCUGAGAAACCAAGGAUAGAUAAAGAUGUUAUUCUUACGUCCGCUUUACUUAGUGGCUCCCUUCUUGGCGCCUAUAUCUGUUUUGGCAGAUAUUUACGACAAUUCAAAUCUGCUAGGGACAUACCGAAGUACAUAUUUAGAAGGCGAUGGCUCUAUGGGAAGGUUACAGCAGUUGGUGAUGGAGAUAAUUUCCAUUUUUUCCAUACGCCAGGUGGCAUACUUGGAGGAUGGGGUUUAUUCAGAUCGUUACCCAUAUUAGAAAAGGCUGAUAUCAAUUUCAGUAAGAAUAGUAACAUAUCAAUGGUAAGACGAUUUUUCACUUUGAGAAGUGGCAAACGGAAGAAAAUUUCCAGAUACUAUUUGAAUUUGGCUAUCCCAUUGAAAGGUAAACGCAAUCUACCCACUGUCUCGGUAAGAUUAUGUGGAAUUGAUGCGCCAGAGAGAGCACAUUUUGGCAACCCCGCUCAACCAUUUAGUGACGAGGCAUUGAAUUGGCUACGGUACCAAAUUUUGGGCAAGAGAAUAUGGAUAAAACCCCUGAGUAUUGAUCAAUACAAUAGAUGUGUUGCGAGAGCUGUCUAUUGGAGUUGGCUUGGAGGAUGGAAGGACGUCAGUUUAGAAAUGAUAAAUGAAGGUAUGGCUGUCGUUUAUGAGGCAAAAACAAAUGCUGAGUUUGAUGGACGAGAGAAGACUUAUAGAUUUUGUGAGUUUAUCGCUAAGGCACAGAAAAAGGGUCUGUGGUCCCAAAAGAAAUUGGAAACUCCGGGUGAAUUCAAAAAAAGACUAUAA